AUGUCUACCAUGAAAGCUUCAGUGUUGAUCAAGUCGAGUUGGUUCUCUUACUCGGUUGGACCUUCAGGUCUGGAACCAAUGUCAGUUGAGCCAUUGGAGGAGUGUAGGCCAGCAGAUGUCUUCAGAGAGAAACACGGCCAAUCUGCAGCAAGCAAGCUGAUCAGAUCCCUCUUAUGCUUGCAAUUUAGUGACAAGUUCAGCAGCAAGCUCAAAAGGGAUGGAGUCAGAGAAAUAGCCUAA